UGAGGCAGAUCAUGGAAAGCAUGGGGCAGUAGCAGUUGCAAUGUAGGCUACUACGAAACCAAAACAAAGACAAAGAACUAAAAAAUGGACAUUCAGCUCGAAUGUUUUGUAGGACCAGUCACUAGUCUUACAGCAUGUGCAAACAAACUCAUAAUAGGAUGCGGCUCCGAGAUCACCAUUUUCAACUUGGCUUCUGAAAAAUAUGAAAACACUCAACAGAUAUUUGUAGGCUCUUCUGUUCAUGGUCUUAGAGCAGGCUUGUCAUAUGGAAAUGAGCAUAGUCUAUGUGUUUUUGGAGCUAAACAUGCUCGCAUAGUUACCCUUUCAAACUGUGAUAGUGAGGAUAAGAAAAGUGACAUCAAUCUUGUAUCUGAUGUCUUUCAUGCCGAGGACUGGAUAUGGGAUGCUAGGUGGCUAUGUGAUCAAGACAAGAGUGAAAGGGAGUCUGAUGAGUAUGGCACUGUUGCCUUAGCAUUGGCUCAUAAUACUGUCGUUCACUGGAACUGGAAGGAGAACAAGGUGUCAAGGACAAGGCACUGCACAGAGAAAUGUAUACUAUAUUGUGCUCACUUUAUUGGGGACUCCUGGAGUGAUUUGGUUCUGGCUGCUGGCACAGUCUUCAAUAAAAUAGUAUUGUGGCCUGUGGGGAAUUGUAAUUCUCAGGACCUCGAUGAGCCUGUGGAUAUUGUUCACACGCUCUCUGGCCACAAGGGAGUUAUUUUCUCUAUCUCCUUCCAUCCCAAACUGCGCAAAAUUUGCUCAGCGUCUGAUGAUCGCAGUAUUCGAUUGUGGAAGUUGACAUUUCAGUGCAAUGACUUUUCCGCAUUGAAGCCUUCUGAUUGGAACACUAUGGAGAGUACCCUCCUUCUGUGUCUAUUUGGCCACUCGGCUCGUGUCUGGGAUGUUGAGUUGAUGACCACCUGCUUUGCUAGUGUUGGAGAGGAUGCCACCUGCAAUGUGUGGGACUAUGAUGGAAACAUUAUCACCAAGUUCAAAGGACAUCAGGGUCGUAGUAUAUGGAGUUUGGCUGUCGGAGAAGAUGAGAAAAAUCUGUUUACUGGAGGAGGAGAUGGCAGUGUGCGCAUGUGGUCACUGGAGCAGGGAAGGGACAAGCAGAUGUCUCAAACAGUGUUGACACUACCCUCAUCAGCGGCACGUUGUCAUGGACAAGAAGACUUUCCAAGGAGUGUCACACUGUUGAACUACAACAUGGUACUGGUCAUGAUGAACUCUGGGUCUCUCUUGUGUUACCACAUAUCAGAGCAGCAGUUUUCCGAGCUAUUGUCUGGUGCAGACUUCCACUCGUACAGUGUGGUGAGCCCAUGCCCCGAUGGCAGGAGUCUUGCUGUGGGCAGUAUCAGUGGAAAGUUGUGUGUUAUCAAAGUACUAGAGUCUGGUGAGACUGUUAGUUGUGAAAAGACUGUGUUUUCUGGUAAGGUUCUGGGCAUAACAUGGAUAGAUGUGGAUUGUCUGGUGAUAUCGGGACCUCUGGGCUACUGUCACUUGCUGACAGUAGAGACUUCGUCCCCUGCAGAGACACAGGGCCAGCAGAUGUCCAUCCUGACCCAACGGGAACUGAGCUUGCCUCCUUCCAAACACCGAUGGGUCACUGCGGCCUGCAUGGUGCCACUGUCCGAUGGCCCAGCUCGUGGGGCUCCUGCAUUGAUGGUGUGUGGUGACAAAGAUGGCUCUGUUCACUCGUACACCCUCUCUCCAGAAAAUACUUCUGAUGCAGAUGGUUCCCAAACUACUCCACUGCUGCCACAUCAAACCUUUCAGAAAGUCCACAGUAAAGCCGGUGUGACCUACGUCUGUUACAGAGAUGGUCGGGUUCACACAGCAGGGAGAGACGGCUUCUACAGGCAGUGGGAGGUGAAGAACGGAGCACUCAGCCAACUGCAUGGAAAUAAGAUCUUGAAAGGCCUGGAAUGGAUUGAUAGAUUGGAAUGGCACAACGGAGACCUCUUGGUGUAUGGAUUUUUUUCAUCCCAGUUCACUGUUUGGAGCGUCACAUACAACCAGCAGAUCAUGUCGGUGCAGUGUGGCGGAGGUCACAGGUCAUGGGGGUGUUGUCACGAGAACGGAGUUCUCAGAUUUGUCUAUUUGAAGGCUGGAGCUGUGUACCUAGUGGACAGUGAGCGGCAGACAAAGCAGCGCAUCAUUCGGGCCCCUCUUCAUGGCAGAGAACUGAGUGGUGCGACAGUCAUUGGUUUUGUACACUGUCAGGAAGGCACCUGGGCCCCUCUAGUCUGUACAGCCAGUGAGGACACCAGCCUCAGUGUUGGAGUGAUGCGGCAUGACCAAGGACUGGUACAAUGGGAACCUCUUGCAUCAUUAAAAGGUCAUCUUUCCAGCGUGCGCUGUGUCACUGCUGUUCCAUGUGAAGGCAUCCACAAGUUACCACCACGGUCAGAUCUGGAGUGGGAUCAUGCCGACAAAGAGACUUCUUUUGUCCUAUUCAGUGGAGGAGGACGAGCUGAACUACGGGCCUGGAAGUUGCAAGUCAUGCCCCCAAUGUGUAGAAGAGGAGGUCACAGCUAUGGAGGUCGUGUAAAUGUCGAACGUGUAGUGUCAGAAGCUACAGAGGAAGCUGAUGUGAUGAAUGAAAUCCAAACUUCACGUUUGACAAAACAUGCUGUUUCUGUGACUGAGACGCCUAGCAGCAUCGACUGUGAUAAGCAUGGAGUCAGUCUGAGUUCUGUGAGCACUGGUUCAGCUGUUGAUCCCACACUAAGUGGAGCUGGCACAAGUACAAGCAGAUCUCAGCAGAUCUGUUCCUACAAACACUUAGCGACACAUUUCCUUGGUGAGUGCAGGCACAAGCAACGGUCCUCUUCUUGGAAAACUCGGAAACUGAGGCUGGACCCGGAGACUCGAGUGAUGAGUGUUGCCGCCACAACAGUCUCCCAGCUAGAGCCAGGGAGUCAGCGUGAUGACACAGCCAGUGGUGGACAUGUCUCUGGACUGUACCUGGUGUCUCUGGCAGGCUCAGAUGGUGUUCUGAGGGUUCUUUUGUUUGAUGAAGCAACACAGAAUUUCUCAGCUGUUGUUCAAAGCUCAUUCCACAAAGGCUGUGUUCUUAAAGUGACCCACCACCUACAGCACACUUCUGACUCACAGCCUACCCUCCUGCUGCUGUCUGCCUCCACAAAUGGCCAAAUCGUUGUAUGGAAGUUGGGACAGGAGGUUAUUCAGAAAUGCACAAAUGACAGAAGCUUGAACCACAGAGGGAAAGUAAAGACAAAUAAAAACCCUGACAACCACUGCGAAAGAGGACAACAGAACCAGUCCAAGGCAGGUUCAUGUGAGGCUGGGACUGAUGAAGAAGAAGGAGAUGUUUCAGAUGACUAUACAGACUUCACAAGGCAGGGCGAGGAUGACAAAGAGGAUAAACAUAAAGACUGGCAGCCGCUUGCAUCAUUGCCAGCCCAUCAGUCAGGUGUGAACAGCCUGCACAGCUUACAAGUCUCAGAUUCACAGUUCCUGGUGGCAUCAGGAGGGGAUGAUAAUGCGGUGACUGUUCAGCUGUGCCAAUUGUCAGGUGUCCAGGUCAAUCUUCUGUGCAAGGUCACUCAGCACCGUGCGCAUGCAGCACAGGUCACAGCUGGAGCUGGUACAGUGCAAAUAUUCGAAUCUGUCUGAUGUCUCUUUCAUGGAUAUCUGUCAGUUCAGUGGCUCUGUGCAUGUCCUGUGUGGAGGUGAAGGCCUUACUCUACAUACACUGAUUGAUGGAACUGAAGCCAUCACUGGCCAGAAUGCAUCAUAGAAGCCUGUCCCAUGCUAUCUGUGCACAAUAAAUUAUUUACAUUAUACUCCUGAGUGUUUUUUGGGGUAGUCUGUAAAUGUUACUGUUACUUCACUUUUUAAAUGAUCUAUUCAGUGUUUGUUGUUAAGAGUUUCAAUGUGCAGUGGUUGCCAUUCUGCUUUUAGAGAGAUCUACUUUGCCUAGACUUGGUACAAGGAUAUGCUUGGACAGGAUAACGGUUGUAUGAUAUCAGUAAAGAUAGAGAGUUUAUCAAAGGCAGCCAGCCCAGCUUUGGUAGGCUUACUUUUCCUCUACUAUUUCAUCUGUGAAGGUGUCAUCCGUGAGUACAGGGUUCUCACAGAACUGUAACAUUUCUACUUAGUCUGAGAAGACCACGUUACCUGUACUUGGAUCACAGAUUUUAAGAAGUAAGAAAGAACCAUUUCCUGCAUGAAAAGAGGAAACCAUGGUACAUUGUCACAAAAGGCAAAUGCAGUACCCCAGACCAGAGCUUGCCAACCUGGGCGGCAUCAUCCACUAGUGGGCAAUUUGAUUAUUUUGGUGGGCUGUGGGGAUCAACAAGGUAGUUACAGAGUGUUGUAUAUUGUUGGUGGGCGGUUGGAAAAUUUUAGCCCCCCUUAACUCUAUCCGUGCGUUGUAUUUUACUAUCGUAUCCAUACGACGUGGGGAACUCUGUGCCACCAACCACUUUCAAAGAGGAAAUUUACUUGUUAAUCCGAUCCGUACGCUUUGCAUAGCAAUAGCAGUUGGUCAAAAUGAUUUUAUGAGAAAUUAAGUUUCAAGGAGAUCUUCGUUCUAGAAGUAUUCUAAAAUGUGAAGAAUACAACCCCUGGGGUACAAAAUUACCCCAGGGCGUACGGAUAGGGUUAAACAAAAAGGGGCACUGGCUAUAAAAAGGAUGACAAGUUCUGCUUUAGACUCGAGAGCCCCAUCCCUUUAAUGGACAUAACAGCUGCACCCUUGAGUCUUUUGUCAUUUCUAAAACUAAAAUCUUAGUAAAGUAUGUAUCAACAUAAUAACAACAAAUCCAGCCAGAUCGAGUUUUGCUUAAAAGUUUAUUGGCAUAAAAUAAAUGGAGCUGUGAUUAACAUAAUCCACUUAGACAUUCAGAGGGAAAGAAUAAGUUGAUACAGUAGUAUAAAAAAACUUGUAAAAUUAUACAACAUACCUCAGCUUGAACUGAAUUAUGGAUAGCAUCACAGAGUUAGCAAUAUGCAGUGUACAGUGAAUCCCUCUUUUAUGAACAGAAGAGAGUGAUGAAUGAUCAGAUAAAAGUAAGAGAUCUCUAUAGUUGAGAAGUAUAUAUGGAUAAAAUUGCAGAUGGCGAUCAGGAGGUGAUAGAGUAAUACUUGUGGUUUUUGGAAACAUGAGACUACCUCUUUUGGCAUUUGUAAAAGUAAAAGCUUCCAGUUUCAUGAAAAUAUUUACCUAGAAGGUCAAAGUGUUCUGAUUCUUUCAGCCCCUUAGUGAGUUCUCUACACGAUGUAUUAAGUACUGUAUUAUAGGUAUUGGAAAGUAUUUAUAUUGAGGCAACUCAUCAUCCUCAUUGCCUUUCUCACCCUGAAUCAGAAUAUUGGCCACGAACAAACACUUUCCACCUUUCCCUACCCUGAGCUAGCCGCUUGAUGUUAUUCCAUGUCUUCCCACUUUUCUGUACAUCAAUUUUGGGACUCUUCUCCAGGUUCCAUGUGGUCAUCCCCUUGAUCUUUUACCUUGAGGCAACAAGUGCUGUAUAAAUUUAGCAUCACCUGACUUUAGUUAUCAUGUAUCACCAUAAAAGCGUCUUCAGGCCUCUUUACAAAACAUUUCAAACAAUAGAGGUCAUCAUAUGCUUCUUUCAUAUAUCUGGAGAAAAACUAAGUGCUUAUAUCGUGGACAUUUCAAAUUAGACAAAAAUUCAUUAGAAUUAGAAGCAUGAAACUAAGUCUUUCUUUACUGAAUUUUAAUAUGCCAUUGAGCACCAAAAGAUAAGCUUAUUGUAAAAAAAAAUUGCAGCUACGAACGUGAGAAAUUGUACACUUUUUGACUUGAAAAAUGACUUCAUGCACUGGAAAUAAAUUUUGCCUGCUUUCUGUAGGCACAUAUAUAUAUUAUAGUAUAGCCGUUCUAUUGACAGGUACAAAAGUACAAAACUUGGAAUUGAAGAAAAGUUCCUAGCAUGAACUGAAAUUAGAAAAUGGUAAGAUAAUGCAUUCCGCUUCAAUUAUGACUUAGAGUGAAUGAAAUGUUAGAUGCCAUGAAGUAAGAAUACUAGACCAAGUAGAUGGGCCCCCAAAACGAUUUCACCUUCAAUGAUACAAAAUAUAUCAUGAGUGUGCAUGAAUAUUGAGUGAGCAGGACAACAACACAACUAUUGUCAUUUAAUGCGGGAAAGCAAGAUAGAUCCAACAAAGAGAAAGAAAAGAAGUAGGACCUUCCAGUCUCAUCCUCCAAGGUAUGUGUGUUUGUUGAAAAGUACAACGUGGUUAGUUGGCGGGCACACUGGUGUGAUUUGCUCCUUCUUUCCUAUCGCACAUCGAUUCUCUUUAUCUUUUCUUUUUUUUUUGUGAGUUGCUCUCCAGUAACAUCUCUAAUCUUAAACACUUACACUAUCUAUUUGUAUUGGAAGUGCCGUAAAACUCUCAAUAAAACUAAAUGCACAUGAAGGAAAAAAGAACAAAAGCACCAUACCAAAACCUCAAAGCAAAAAGUAGCUGAGGCAGAAGAAAUCUAUAUAAACAUCAAAAGCAUCUGGAUAAAUACACCAUCCAAUAAAGGUCUCCAAGUAUAUAUUCAUAACAUCUGAAGUCUCUGGUUCAUCAUAUUUUUUAUAUAAAUCAUAAGUCAAGUAAUGAUACUUAAAGGAGUUAAUUACCUUGAGAUUGUCUCAAGACAAAUCAGUCCAGACAUAAUUUUGCAAUAAAGCAAAACUAAAUGAAGAAGGCCUAAAAAUAACGAAGGUGUCACAAGAAGGAAAUUUUCUGGUCUUCCUCACUCAACCUAGGUGGAAAUGGGUACAUUGUAGCACCUGGCUGUAGACAGUGAAAGAUGUUGUCAGUUUGUUAGUGUUUUAGAGCGUAAAAUCCGUAGCUUGCACUGUAACUGUAACUGUAAGCUUCCCGGGAAGCCGAGAGUGUUUUAGAGUCGGCUGGGGGUAAUAAUAGUUGUAAAGUGCAUAGACCAAGCUGCUGAGAGUGGAUAUACGCUAUAAAUGCAAUCAUUAAUAGAAUGUCCAAUUUAUAUUGCCAAAUUAUAUUUUUUUUAAAGAAAACAAAACAAGCAAAAGUCCAGCAAAAUCCAAAACAUCAGGAAAAAACAAAAACAAAGAAAAAGCAAUCAUAAUACUAAUACACGUUCACACAAAACUUUUUUUUCCACACCACAAAAAUCAAAUAUCACACAAGCAGCAUUGACAUUCAAAAUAUAUACUUUUUUUUUUCAAAAUAAAAAAAAAACAUGCUCAUUUUUUUUUUCAAGGGAGAUAUUUAUAGUCAUCAAUAUCAUCAGUAUGAUGCAGCUGCAAAGACAGUUUGGUCCUCUUGUGCUAUAUCACUUGUGCCUCAGCAUUAAAAAAUUAAUGAGAAGAAUCUUUCACCUAUUUACAUGUAAUAGUGAUAGGGUAAUUUAAAAUAUUGUAAAGCAUCGCCACCAUCAAUAAGAGAGAGAACAUUGAUUCAGACAAUCUUUCCCCUUAAAGCAGAUUAGAACUUCGGAGCAAUCUUAAACACUUAAUUCCAAAGUCCUAUGACUCUCAAUUUAUUGCUCCAAAGUAGAAAGAGCACCUCUUGGGAAAAUUGAAAGGAGGAAAAGAUUCCUAUUUAGUAUAGAACCUGUGCUUUGUAUGGAGGCAGCAUAACUGCUAAUACUGAUAUGUGACUUUUUAAAGUGAUGAAACUCUGUGGUGAACUUCUCAAUACCAUCCCUGAGUACUCUCUUUCUUUAACAAUAAUAUAUCGACUGCUUCGUGUAAGACUCUGCCAUAUGCUAUUUUGAAAAGUGAAGUACGAUGAAGUCUUAUUCUGAGCAGUCUAUAUUGUACAUGCGUUGCCUAAAAUACCCAA